AUGCAGGACCCCACCGACGCUCCUGAGGCACCGGGGUACGAAGUGCGAGUCGUAGUCGUCGGUCCGAACGUCGUGCUACGCCUGAAAGCCAUCCCUAGUUGGCCUGUGUCGUUUCUGAAGCAGGUCCUAGCCAAUGCUCUCGUGGAGAUUGCGGAGUUGCCCGGCCUCGAAACAGCCGAAAAUGUGGUCCCGAGGAUGCGCCUUGGGCGCCUGGAGUACAGCUUCAACGACGCCAACCAGCUUUGGAUGUAUGGACUGGGCACGGCUCCGGGACGGCCGCUCUGGAUCGAGCUGCGCGGCGUCGGCGCGCAGUCUUAUACCGUGGGUUCGAACGAGCCGGGCGAGUCCAGCUUCUGGGCGCCUCUGGCCGGGCGCGUCCAUCGAGGCGGCACCGAGACCGGCCAGAGCAUUACCGACAACAUCGUCGAGGCGUGCGACGCCGUUCUAGGUACCGAAGAGAUGGACUGGGUUCUGGCGGAAACGGUGGCGGUCACGGCGGACGGCGCGGCCACCGCUCAAAAAGCGCGGUACUGGUUGGAAGCGAUGAAGGCCAACGGGUCCACGGAAGCUAGCUCUGGAGUUAUGGGCAUCGUGGCCGUCCGCGUCCGCGACGCGCCCCUGCGCGACGACGAUCCUCCGCAGGUAUGUGGCUGCCACAUCGUGCACGACGGUGUGUGCUACGCAUGUGUGGCCGGCUCGCAUCGCCACCCGACGUGGAACCGCCAGAACAACAAUUCGGUCCUCGUUUACAACCUCGAGUACGUCGCCCCGUGUAAACGGAACUUCGACGUGUCGCCGCGACGCCGCGACGGCGUCCGCGCGACGCCACGCCACGAAGACGCCGCGCGCAACUUCAAUGAGAGCGCGCCGCUACGGAUUGGCGCACGCGCGCGUCCGACGCGAGGCCGACGCAGGCAUGUUUCCAACUAUCUCCACAACAACUUCCCCGAGCUCGAGCUCGAGGGCAUCAUCCCGUACUGCCCCAUGGGCCAAGAAACGCGCUGGGGCACGUUCAUCUCCGUAGCGUGCUACCUCGUCUCGUUUCGCUCCCUGCUCAUCGCGGCCGUCCGGGGCCUCUUCGCGCGGCGCGGAACCACCAGCGUCGCGUCCGACGCGAACGCCCGGCUCCUGGAGGUCAUGCUCACGGACCCCUCCAUGUACAUGCAGCUCGUGGUCCUCGCGGAGUUCGGCUUAGGCGUCGCGAUGCCUUUUAUUAUGUGGAUGCAGCAACGGCACGGCCACCGCGCGAUGGUCGCCCCACCGGCGUUCAAGCUCGAGUCGCCUUCACAUUGGGAGUCACACUCCCCGCCGUCGACGCGACGGCGCGAUCGCCCUGACUGCGUCCGUUCGAAUGCUCGGGGUUUUCCAGGACCGCGGUCGACGUACCACAGGAGAUCCACUCCCAAAUCCUCAAGCACCUCACAUUGUGUGGGAGCGUGCUCGCAGAGCCCGCCAAUUUCUUCGCGAACGCGUACCACGAGGCCGCGGCCGUCGGGUUCUCCGCCGCGGCGCUCGCCGCGGUCGUCAAGAGCAUCGUCCAGCCCUACGAGAAGUACAUCUCGAACCGCCUCUCGUUCUGGUUUCGCUUGCCCUUCGCCUGGCCGCUCCUCUGCGACGAGGACUACGGCCUCGGCUUCGCCAAGGCCCUCGUGGACUUGGUCGCGAAAGGGGUCCUCAAGGGCGUCACGGGCACCAAGGUCGACCAGUGCGGCAUCCUCGGCGACCAGGCCCUCUGGGGCAUGGUCUGCCGCUUCGCCGAGGGCCACGAGGCCCUCGCGGAGGAGGCCCGCGACAGAGUCAUUCUUACACCGCGGCCCGCGCCAUCGACCAUGCCUGCUCGAUCUCUCCGCACUCACACACAAAAACGCGACGCGCGCGCGCGACGCGCGCGCGCACGCCUCGAAAAACGCCACCGCGACGCGCGGCUUCCCCCGCCCGAGGCGCGGCCGGCCAUCACCGCGACGUCGCGCAGGUCGUCUCCGCCAUCAUCAAGGUCUUCGACCACAUCCCCAUCCACUCGGCGCUCGCGGAGAUCGCCGUCAAGGCGUGCCGCAACGCGGACAUCAACGAGCUCCUGCACCAGGUCGGCUUCGGCGCCGCCAUGCGACGCGCCCUCCUCGAGUUCCGGCUCGACGAUUUUGUCACGGAGAAGGCCGCGUCCGACGCGCGCCGCGACCUCACGCGCCAGGAUCUCGACCGGCGCUCCGUCUUGGAGAAGCGCCAGGCCGAGGUGCGCGACGCGCUGUGCACCACGCACGAGGCGCUCUUCGGCGACAACGCGGACCCGGUCGCCGUGUGCGAGCGCCUCGCCCAAGAGAGCAGCGCGUACUACCGCGGCGACGCGGCGUCCGUCGAGGGCCAGCUCGACCGCCUCGGCCUCGACGACGCCGCCGCGGCGCCCCCGACCAACAGGGAGGCGAGGGAGGCGGCGUUCCAGGCGUCGUCGUGGCGCCUGCUCGAGCCGCUCGCGCCGGUGCUCCUCUUCGUCUUCCAGCAGCUCGUCCUCGACCGCUGCAUCAACAACAGCGACGUUCCGGCGCAUCUCGCGUGGGUCCUCGCGCGGGCGCCGGCCGCGGAGGACGACACCCCCGACAAGGUGACGUGCCGCUUCUGUUCGCGGGCCUGGACAUCGGCACGCGGCGCCCGCGGCGCCUGUGCGCACGUCCUCAAGGACCACAUCCACCUCAAGGGCCCGCGCGCCCUCGGCUUCUUCCAGCUCCUCGUCGGCGACGGCCUCGAAGCGUACGAGCUGCCCGAGACCACCGUCGUCCACGUCUUCGACUACGCCACGGCCACCCCGCUCACGUUCCUGGACGCCUACGUCGUGCCCAAGGUCCUGCCGGCGCUGAUCACGGUCUUCGGCCAGGCGCGGGCCCACCACCAGUCCGACGCGACCGAGCCGCUGGACCUGGUCGCCGCCCUGCGCGCCCAGUUCCCGCCGGCGCCCCCCGCGAAGCCGCCGACGCGGUCGUACCUCGACGCGCUCGUCGCGCGCCACGCCGCCGCCGGAGAUGAUCUCGAGGAACCGCCCCGAGCCGCCCUCGUGGACGUCGUGAAGUUCCUGCCCGCGCUCGUCAUCACGAAGCUCGUCGGCGCCGCCGACCCAGCCGCGCCGCUGGCGCCGGCCCAAGUCCGGGACCGCGAGACCCUCCUGACGCUCAACGCCGGCGUCAAUGAGGACCUGGCGCACCCCGAGCACCGCGCGCUCACACCUAGCGUGAGCCCGGCCGACCGCUUCCCGGCCGACCGGCCUUAG